AUGUAUCUUCAAACCUCUAAAUAUCAAGUACUCUCGAUGAUUGGUUAAGGUUCUGCACACUAAGUGUUUAAAGCUGAGCACAAUCUAACACAAAAGCUAUUUGCAAUUAAAAUGGAAAAAUCUCCUAAGUUAGGCCAAAUAGAGGGUGAGAUUAAAGUCCUUAAAGAAUUAAAUGGAAUUGAAGGUGUUCCAAAUUUAAUACACCAUGGAAUAACCCCAGAGAAUAAGUAAUAAAUAUAUAAAUAAAUUUAGGUGCUUUCUUAUUAUGCCACUACUAAAUUGUAGCUUACGGGAUUUAGUGAAAUCUUAGCAAUUAUCUUUAUCCUGCAUAUUGGCAAUAGGAUUAAGUCUUAUUGAGACUUUAGAAAAUGUUCAUAAAAAAAAUAUUUUACAUCUAGAUAUUAAACCAGAAAAUAUUAUGAUAUCAUAAAAAAUACAAAAAAAUUCAAAAGACUAACUUCUCAAACCUGGAUUUAUUUAACUCAUCGAUUUUGGGUUAUCUCAAACUUUAGGAAAUUCAAAAUUCUUAAAAAAUGUAUUUAUUGGCUCGUUAAACUUUGCAAGCAGAGCAUCCCAUAAAGGAGAAUAAUUAGGUUAUAAAGAUGAUUUAGAAAGCCUAUUUUAUGUAUUAGUCUAUUUGAGAAAUUGUAUUCAUUAAUAUUAACUCUAGGUAAUUUGCCAUGGUCUCAAAAGCCUUCUAUGGGAUUUAAAAAUAUGGACAUAAAAUUUAUUGGAGAGAUGAAGACUUCUAUCUUUAAUACCAUGACAUUAUGCCAAAAAUUUCCUUUGGAAUUUUCAAAAUUUAUGUCAUACAUUAACGAACUUAAACACUAUUAAAUGCCUGAUUAUUCUUUAAUUAAGGAGAUGUUUAUUAAAAUGUUGCAAACAACCUCUUUUUCUCCUAUAAUGGAUUAAUUUUUGAAUAAUUCUCCUAUAUAAUCGAUUAAUCAACUGGGAAAUUCGGAAACGAUGUAGCUUCCAAUUGAUAAACAUCUUCUAAAUAAUAAUUCUAUCGAAACUUAAAUUUAAGAUGAUAUAAUAGAUAUAGAAGCAAAGGUUGUUCAUUUAUCUGAUCUGAUUGGAAAAUAUACUACAGUUUAAAUCAAAUCCAUAUAAACAUUAAAUAUUGACUAUGAUUAUAAUUUUUCUAAUUAAUGA